AUGGCCCAAUCAAUCCUCAAGAAACAACCCCCCAGCGCCAGAAUCGAGAUCGAAGAAAUCGACGAAUCGAAACAUGUCGUCGCUACAUACCUAGCAUUCCCGGCGGGGGGGAAGAGGGGGAGUAGUAGUAGGAUAGAUGUCGUGGAUUCUUUGCAGGCUUUUAGUAGUUCGAUUGCGGGGAUGUUGUCUAGUAGGGCGGUGCUUGAAGGAAUCGGCGUCGGUGACUCAGGGGCAUCGCCAACAGCUGCGCUGCUCCUUUCCGUCCUCCAGGAGAGCAUGGGACGGAUUGCCACCAUCCUUUUCGCACACAGGCUCGGAACAUCACUCGAGCCUGAGUGUAAAAUGUACCGCCUAGCAGCUGAUAUAUUCAACGACUCUGCCAUGAUCCUCGAUUGUUUAUCACCAGCACUACCGAAGCCCUCGCGGGUUGUUCUCUUAAGUUGUUCCAGUGUCCUGCGGAGUCUAUGUGGUGUUGCGGCUGGUAGUUCUAAAGCCUCACUAAGUGCUCAUUUUGCAACACAGGGAAAUCUUGGGGAGUUAAAUGCCAAAGAUUCUAGUCAGGAGACUAUCAUCUCUCUCAUGGGGAUGCUAGUUGGUAGUCUCGUGGUAUCUCAUAUCUCGUCCAAAUGGGCAACCUGGAGCGCGAUGAUUGCGCUUCUGGCGGUUCAUCUAGGGACGAAUUACCUGGCCGUCCGAGCAGUCAGCAUGCGCACGCUCAACCGACAACGUGCUAAUCUCGUGUUCUCAAACUGUUUCGAACAGAUUGAUAAAGAGCUACAACCGAAGAAUAUAGCUGAUCAGGUAGCUCCCAUUCGCAUCCCCACACCAGAAGAAAUAUCUAUCGGGGAGCGAGUUUUCGAAAGAGAUGGCGUUCUGCGAUGGCAAGGAGGAAAGGCUCUUGGCUUUUGCAGAAUUGGAGUCGAUCUCCAAACGAUCCUUAACCUCUUCGGAGAACCCAAUCAGGCCAGCGGAAGCUAUACCAGCACUCAAUUGGCUGAAUUCGAAAAACUCCUCGAACUGUAUAAGGACGAUGAGUACAUCAUGUGGUUCGAUGUGCCACGCAAAACUUUUAUGGUUGUCCUAAGGGACACUGCUACGGUGACUACGCAGCUCAGCGCCUGGAUGCAUGCUUUGUCCCAUGCACAGUAUAGAGGCGUUCCUCGCACGCAGGAUGAUAAGGCUCUAAUGGAGGAUCUUCGCCGCUCGAAGCAACAUGUUUCGAGGGCGUGUGGUAGCUACGGUAUAUUUGAACAGCUUCAGAAGGCUGGGUGGGAUAUUGAAACUGGUGCUAUGGAGACGGUGUCCGGGACGAGGAUUAAAGUGAAGGAGAGCAAUUCUUCAGCUAGUGCCAAAGAUCAGUGA